GCAGAUGAAACUCCUGGACGGCCGGAUGGGACGCUUCGGCGGCAGAAUGGACUCACCGCUCGAUAUGAGACGCUGCCCGGCCACAGAUUCAGAUGGAGACUCGCCACCGCCUCAGUUCAACAUGGGCCUGCAUCUGGAGGACAAUCUCACCACGAGUCGCAAGAAGAGGUCUCGGGCGGCCUUCAGUCACGCCCAGGUGUUUGAGCUGGAGAGGAGAUUCGCCCAGCAGCGCUACUUGUCCGGCCCCGAGCGAUCCGAGCUGGCCAAGAACCUGCGACUCACGGAGACGCAGGUGAAGAUCUGGUUCCAGAACCGACGGUACAAGACCAAGCGGAAACAGAUUCAGCAACACGAGGCGGCCGUGCUCAAUGCCACCAAGAGAGUUCCUGUGCAGGUUCUCGUGCGCGAGGACGGAUCCUACGGACACAUGCUCGUCGGGAACGGCCAAUUGACGGGAACUCAGCCUCACUUUGCUGGCGGACUCGAUCCGGCUCUCGUCAAUAUGUACAGACAUCAGAUUCAGAUGGCGUACGGAAUGCCAAUUCCUCCAGUUCCAUUUCCCUACUUCUAUCCAUCGAAAUUGAGCGCAUCAGGAGCGGCUCUUGAGCAGCACAAGUUAUCAAUGAGGCUCUUUGACAAGCAUCACGAACACAUUUUGAAUUACUCAAAGCGCGACGACGGGCGCCAAUCCGGGUCGGCGACGCUGCCGCAGGAGCAGGAAUCUGGCCAGCGGAGUGACAAACAGCCUCGGAAGACGUCGAACAUCGAAGAGAUGGACGUUGAGGCUGACAAGACGAAAGCCAGUGAGGCCACGGAGGCUCCGGAGGAGUGUGAGAACGUGGAGAUUGACUAGGCGAGUCCUCAAGAAUUCAUUGUUUUAGAGUGUGCUGCUAAUAAAAUUGACG